GGGUUUAGGGCUUCCUUUCCAUGGCUGUUUCAACCAGUUUUUCCGGUACCAAAUUGGAAGCCCUUUUAUUGAAAUCGGCGGCGACUUCCUCUUUUUCUCACCUUCCCCUUUUCUGCAAAUCCAUUCGGAGCAGGAGAAUCCCAUUUCAGAGAAGUGAGUUUUCGUCUUUGAGGUGCGAGGUUGCUUCAUCGGAUGUUUUGGUUCAGAAUGAUGAAAUUGAUCGGGCGAAAUCUUCCAAUCUCUCCGCGCUUGAACAGCUCAAAACCUCUGCUGCUGACAGAUAUACAAAGGAGAGAAGCAGCAUUGUUGUGAUUGGGCUUAGUAUUCAUACAACACCUGUUGAAAUGCGAGAAAAACUGGCUAUUCCUGAGGCAGAGUGGCCUCGCGCCAUUGGAGAGCUCUGUGGCUUAAACCACAUAGAAGAAGCAGCUGUUCUUAGCACCUGCAACAGAAUGGAGAUAUAUGUUGUUGCUCUAUCUCAGCAUCGUGGAGUGAAAGAAGUGACUGAAUGGAUGUCUAAGACAAGUGGAAUCCCGGUUUCGGAAAUUUGCCAGCACCGGUUCUUGUUGUAUAACAACGAUGCCACGCAACAUAUUUUCGAAGUUUCAGCUGGCCUUGACUCCCUUGUCCUAGGAGAAGGCCAAAUCCUUGCUCAGGUUAAACAAGUUGUCAAGGUUGGGCAGGGUGUUGCAGGAUUUGGAAGGAACAUUAGUGGCCUUUUCAAGCACGCCAUCACGGUGGGUAAGCGGGUGAGGACGGAGACUAAUAUUGCUGCUGGAGCUGUUUCUGUGAGUUCAGCUGCUGUAGAAUUGGCCUUAAUGAAGCUUCCUGAACCCUCACAUGCCACUGCAAGAAUGCUGGUGAUUGGAGCUGGUAAGAUGGGAAAGCUUGUUAUUAAACAUUUGGUAGCUAAAGGCUGCACAAAGAUGGUCGUGGUGAAUCGAUCGGAAGAGCGAGUCACAGCCAUCCGUGAGGAAAUCAAGGAUGUUGAGAUCAUCUACAAGCCGCUCACCGAAAUGCUUAGUUGUGCAGCUGAAGCAGAUGUGAUAUUCACCAGCACAGCUUCUGAAAGCCUUUUGUUUACAAAGGAGGAGGUUAAGAAUCUCCCCCCUGUUGGGCAUGAUGUUGGGGACCUAAGGCUUUUCCUCGAUAUCUCCGUUCCUCGAAACGUCGGAGCAUGCAUCAAUGAUCUAGAAAAUGUACGAGUUUACAAUGUUGACGACCUUAAGGAGGUAGUUGCUGCAAAUAAGGAGGAUAGGCUUCGAAAAGCUAUGGAAGCACAAUCAAUUAUCACUGAAGAAUCCAAACAAUUUGAAGCAUGGAGGGAUUCAUUGGAGACUGUUCCAACAAUCAAGAAACUGAGAGCAUAUGCAGAAAGAAUCAGAAUGGCUGAACUCGAAAAAUGUCUUUCAAAGAUGGGUGAUGACAUCCCAAAGAAAACUCGACGAGCCGUGGACGAUCUUAGUCGUGGUAUAGUUAACAAGCUGCUUCAUGGUCCAAUGCAGCAUUUGAGAUGCGACGGUAGCGACAGCAGGACAUUAAGCGAGACGUUGGAGAAUAUGCACGCGUUAAAUAGAAUGUUCAGCCUCGAGACAGAGAUAGCAGUGUUGGAACAGAAGAUCAGAGCUAAAGUUGAACAAAACCAGAAGUAAUAUGAAACUCUCAUUUAGUUUCAGUGUUGAAAAUAAGGGGAAAACUCCUCAGUCAGCUCGGUUCGUCGUGAUCUCGAAUUCGAAUUCGUAAGUACUCUGGAUUAAUACCUCCGUUGUGUUGGCUUGUUCCUUGUGCAUUAUUAUUCACAUCUGUAUCUGAAAUGUUGUUAAGUUUUGUAAUUAAGAUACUGAUUUUCUUCAAUAUAUAGAGAUAAUCCUUGAUUCUUCUGUCA